AUGAAUAGAUAUCUGAGGAAGGUUGUGAGGACAAGGAGAAUGAGAAAGAGCAAGAGGAAGGAGAUAGUGAAGAUCCACUGCCCUGGCAUUCUUCCAACACCUUUUGUACCACCACAGAGUGAAGAAGAUAAGGUGGGAGAUAAAAAGCUGACCCUGCUCAAUGCCAAGGAACAUUAUCUUGACCUUCCCAAAGAGAAUGGAUUACAGAGUCGGAAGGAUGAAGGUGCCUGUGUAAUGCAUCAGGAAUGUCAGAUCCAGCCCCAUGAGCUCUCAGUGUCCGCAGAGCUCGGAUCCUCCUCUCCUGCAGUGACAUCCUUGGAAUUACCACCACUCUGCUACAGUUGUUUUUUAAGCUGUGUCUGCCAGACCUUCUCGAGGUCUAGGAAAAGGAAAUCUCCUGGAAGAGAGGGCACCAAGCAGGCUGAGGCAGGGGGUGAUGCUAAGGCUCUGAGACCUGGUCUGCUGAGGGUUCUGGGCGAAAGCAAAAUGCAGCCUCACUGA